AAAAUAUUCAUCUUCCAACUAAAUCUAUCUCUAUCUUCCUUUCUUUCAAAUUAAUUUGCUUCUGUCACUGCUUUGAGGAUCUAAAGGGCUAAGGCAAUGAGGAAUGGGGAUUAUAAAUUUAUAAUUUUCUACUCAUUCUGAGGAAAAAAAAGAAAAUAUUAGCUAGAGCUUCCUCUCGUCAGUUUGUCACACAAAAAAGCAAGCUUUUCUUAUGGCCGUUUUUGCAUGGGUUACCUCUCUUGUCUCUUCCUGAUUGGUUUUUUUUUCUUCCUUCAGUCAAAUUCACAAAUUACAACCCUCCCUCAUUCAAUUCCCAUUUCUUCCUCCUUUACAACUUCACAACUUUUUGCUCAAUAGCACUUCUCUCUCCAUAUUUCUUUCUUUCUUAUAUAGUCUUUCUUUAUAGAUAACCAGCUGUGCUUUGCCAUAAAUACUUGACAUCCAUUUAGAGCUUUCUAUAUUGUGUUGUAAAAACCUUUCUGGCGGGCAACUUUUGGUUUUGAAGAGAUAUAUAUAUACACAACUGAUCGAGUGAUAUAGAGAGAAGAUGAGCAACUAUGGAGCAAAUUAUGAGAUGAGGGAGAUAGAGGCAAACAAACCAUCAGUGAAUAAUGGGAUGGUAGCAGGGUUAAGCCCUCUGAGUGAGACUCUUUGGAGGGACAAAGCUAACACAGAGUUUGUAGGAGACGUGUCAGCGAGGCUCACUUGGAAGGAUCUGACUGUGAUGGUCAGUCUCAGUAAUGGAGACACUCAAAAGGUUUUGGAAGGACUCACUGGUUAUGCUGAACCUGGAACCCUCACUGCCCUCAUGGGUCCUUCUGGUUCUGGCAAAUCUACGUUGCUUGAUGCUCUUUCUAGUCGUCUUGCUGCCAACGCCUUCCUUUCUGGUACCAUACUCCUCAAUGGUCGCAAAACAAAGCUCUCUUUCGGGACUGCAGCCUAUGUGACUCAAGAUGACAACUUGAUUGGCACUCUAACAGUACGGGAGACGAUUUCAUAUUCAGCUCGCCUGCGUCUCCCUGAUAAGAUGCCUUGGUCAGAGAAGCGUGCACUGGUUGAGAGUACCAUCAUAGAGAUGGGUCUCCAAGAUUGUGCUGACACAGUUGUAGGAAACUGGCAUUUGCGUGGAAUCAGUGGAGGAGAGAAACGAAGAGUCAGUAUUGCUCUUGAGAUCCUGAUGAGACCCAGAUUGCUCUUCCUGGACGAGCCAACUAGUGGACUUGAUAGUGCUUCAGCUUUUUUUGUUACACAAACAUUACGUAGUCUGUCAAGAGAUGGGAGAACCGUCAUAGCCUCAAUUCACCAGCCAAGCAGUGAAGUCUUUGAACUAUUUGAUCAAUUGUACUUGCUUUCUGGGGGCAAAACUGUUUAUUUUGGCCAGGCUUCAGAAGCAUACGAGUUCUUUGCACAAGCUGGGUUCCCCUGCCCCACUUUGAGGAACCCAUCUGAUCACUUCCUUAGAUGCAUCAAUUCUGACUUUGAUAAAGUUAAGGCCACUCUGAAAGGAUCCAUGAAACUGCGGUUUGAGGCAACUGAUGAUCCUCUAGAGAAGAUUACCACAGCUGAAGCUAUCCGAACACUUAUUGAAUAUUACCAUACCUCUCAGUACUACUAUGCAGUGAGAGAAAAAGUUCAGGAGAUAUCCAAAGUUAGAGGAACUGUUCUGGAUUCAGGAGGUAGUCAGGCAAGUUUCUUGAUGCAAGCCUUUACCUUAACCAAGCGUUCAUUUGUCAACAUGUCAAGGGACUUUGGAUAUUACUGGCUUAGGCUUGCAAUUUACAUUGUAGUCACUAUCUGCAUCGGGACCAUCUAUUUGAAUGUCGGGACAAGCUACACUUCAAUUCUGGCAAGGGGUUCAUGUGCAUCUUUUGUGUUUGGUUUUGUAACAUUCAUGUCGAUUGGGGGCUUUCCUUCAUUUGUAGAAGAUAUGAAGGUUCUCCAAAGAGAGAGGCUGAAUGUGAACAUGGCCACUAAGAAUGUAGUCGCUAAUCUAAGUAAACGAGAGAAACUUGAGGGAACCAACUAUGAUAUGUGGCAUAGAAAAAUUCAAUAUCUGCUUAAUGAUCAAGAGGUCCUUGAAAUCCUAACCAAUGUGAUGAUGUGA